CGUUGGAAUAAACCAAGCAGAAAGAACCAGAUCUCACUCCUCAGAGUCUUCACCGUCCUGCAAAAAGGUCAAAAGUUUAUGCUCCAAAUCAUUGCUCUGCUUUAUCGACGAUUUAUACAUAUCAUACGCGGGUGUGUCGAUGUGCCUAAAUUUAUUGAUUGUAACAAUAUUGUUAAACUGCUGGCUUUUCUCUCUUUCUCUCACCAUGAAUCCUCAAGAACAGGAAGAUCCAGAGAAAGCAGUCUCCUCCAGAGAUUUUCCGGUAUUCACCGACCGUAAUUUGUUCAACGAUCACAGAUCCGGCAUGCCUCAGCCAGACGACAUCGUUUUCUCCGAUCAGCAGAGAGAACAAUCUCUCUUAGUUCCGUCAGAAAACGCGCAUGAUAAACUGAAAAGUUGCGAUCGUUGGCGAUCCAGAACUACUCGGUUUACAAGGAGCAGCACUAGGCCGCUGAAUUACCAGAAGCUGCGUCGGACUUUGAGCACCAUCUCCGAGUCUCCGGAAACUCAGAGGAAGGACAGAUCUUGUGGAGGCUCCGGCAAGUGUGAUAAUCUAGGGCAGAAGGCGUCCAGUUCCCGGUGGAACGUUUUGAUGUUUGGAUUGGCAAGGUUUCCAGCGCCGGAGAUGGAGCUGAAGGACAUUAAAAGCCGGCAGGUUCGCCACAUUCCGGCGACGAUGUUUCAUCCGAUGGAGGCUGUCAGGGGAGGUCCGGUGAAGCAGAGCCGCCGGAGAGGGUCUGGCUGCCUGCUUAGGGCACUGAGCUGCAGUGACGACGAGAGUGUGGGCGCAACUCCGCCGUUUGGUGUCGUCCCAGAGGUCUGACCUCAUCUCUCGUCACGUGCGAAUUCACGUGACUCUCGUAAAGUCGAUCUUUGCCUGAACUGCCCUUUCCGUUAAAGGGUAAUAGCAAAUCGGGGAUGAAAUAGUAAUUAGAGACAGGUUCUUUCUUUAUAGGAAUAGGAACCAAAAAAACAUUCAUUAUUGUCUCUACUCCGAAAUCACGUCGUUUCAAUUGAGGAUCGUGCACUUAUGACUGUGCAUUGUUCAAAUUAUUUUGGGUUUGCACAAAGAAAAUUUAACUUUUAA